CCGGGCGGGGCGGGGUCUCCAACCUGCCGCUCAGGUUCCUCCGGGCCCCGCCCGGCCCGGCCCGCUGAGCCCGGACGCCGCCCGGCCAGGCGCCGACAGACGGCGGACGGAAGGACGGAAGGACGGCCGCGGGGCCCAGGGCGACAGAGCAGGUGCGGGCACUAGGCCCUGGACUCAGGCCUGAGGUCUGCCCUGCAUUGCCAGCCACCACCAGGGACACCAUGAGCCAGUCGGGGUCCGUGAGCUGCUUCCCGGGUGCUGCCAACGGCAGCCUGGGCCAGUCUGACAGUGUGUCCAAGAUGAGUGCCAAGGACCUGUUUGAGCAGAGAAAGAAGUACUCCAACUCGAACACCAUCAUGCACGAGACAUCCCAGUAUCACGUCCAGCACUUGGCCACAUUCAUCAUGGACAAGAGUGAAGCCAUCGUGUCCGUGGACGACGCUAUCCGGAAGCUGGUGCAGCUGAGCUCCAAGGAGAAGGUCUGGACGCAGGAGAUGCUGCUGCAGGUCAGCGACCAGUCCCUGCGGCUGCUGGAUGUGGAGUCCCAGGAGGAGCUGGAGAACUUCCCACUGCCCACCGUGCGGCACAGCCAGACGGUGCUGAACCAGCUGCGCUACCCGUCGGUGCUGCUGCUCGUGUGCCAGGACUCCGAGCAGAGCAAGCCCGACAUCCACUUCUUCUACUGCGACGAGGUGGAGGCGGAGCUGGUGCAUGAGGACAUCGAGAGCGCGCUGGCCGACUGCCGGCUGGGGAAGAAGAUGCGGCCUCAGACCCUGAAGGGCCACCAGGAGAAGAUCCGGCAACGGCAGUCAGUCCUGCCACCUCCCAUGGGCCCGGCCCCUGUCCCCUUCCAGCACCUGGGCGGGGGCUCCCCUUCCAGGAACCGAGUGGGCCCGCCUGUGCCACUCAGCGAGCCAGGCUUCCGCCGCCAGGAGUCGCAGGACGAGGAGCCGCGGGCCGUGUUGGCUCAGAAGAUAGAGAAGGAAACGCAAGUCCUCAACUGUGCCCUGGACGACAUCGAGUGGUUCGUGGCUCGGCUGCAGAAGGCGGCUGAGGCUUUCAAGCAGCUGAAACAGCGCAAGAAGGGGAAGAAGAAGGGGAAGAAAGGACCUGCGGAGGGCGUUCUCACACUGCGGGCGCGGCCCCCUUCCGAGGCUGAGUUUGUUGACUGCUUCCAGAAAAUCAAGCUGGCCAUCAACCUGCUGGCCAAGCUGCAGAGGCACAUCCAGAACCCCAGCGCGGCUGAGCUCGUGCACUUCCUCUUCGGGCCUCUGGACCUGAUCGUCAGCACCUGCGGUGGUCCAGACAUUGCACGCUCGGUGUCCAGUCCCCUGCUGUCCCAAGAUGCUGUGGGCUUCCUGCGUGGCCACCUAGUCCCCAAGGAGACGGCCCUGUGGGAGUCGCUGGGGGAGACCUGGACACGCCCCCGCUCCGAGUGGCCACGGGAGCCGCAGGUGCCCCUCUAUGUGCCCACGUUCCACAACGGCUGGGAGCCACCCAUGGACAUGCUGCAGGAGGCUCCCUGGGAAGUGGAGGGGCAGGUGUCCACCACCCCUGAGGAUGAGCCAACUCCAGUGAGCCGACCAUCUUUUCGAAACUCCGUGAAGCACAGCCUUGUGUCUGAGCCCACACCCCCCGGAGAUGUCUCACCAGGCAGCUCCCCACAUGCGCACAGGGGCUACGAGCCCGUGCCCACCAUGGCCAAGUACGUGAAGAUCCUCUAUGACUUCACAGCCCGCAACGCCAGCGAGCUGUCGGUGCUCAGGGACGAGGUCCUGGAGGUGCUCGAGGACGGCCGCCAAUGGUGGAAGCUUCGCAAUCGCAGUGGCCAGGCAGGCUAUGUGCCCUGCAACAUCCUGGAUGAGGUCCGGCCAGAGGACGCCCACCUGGAGCAGGCCAGCCAGAAAUACUGGGGUGCCGCCAGUCCCACCCACAAGGUGCCCCCAAGCUUCUCCGGGGGCAAGGACGAGCUGAUCCAGCACAUGGACGAGGUCAACGACGAGCUCGUCAGGAUCAUCAGCCACAUCAAGACGCAGCCACCCCAGCGGCACUUCCGCGUGGAGCGCAGCCAGCCGGUGCGCCAGCCGCUCACGUACGAGUCGGGCCCCGAAGAGGUCCGCGCCUGGCUGGAAGCCAAGGCCUUCAGCCCCCGCAUCGUGGAGAACCUGGGCAUCCUGACUGGGCCCCAGCUCUUCUCCCUCAACAAGGAGGAGCUGAAGAAGGUUUGCGGUGAGGACGGCGUCCGCGUGUACAGCCAGCUCACCGUGCAGAAGGCCUUCCUGGAGACACAGCAAGGUGGAUCAGAGCUGGAGGAGCUUAUGAGCAGGUUUCACUCCAAGAACCAGAGGAGGGUAGAGGAAGACAGCUAGACCUGGCCCUGGGGCACCACGCCUGCAGCCGGGUCGCACUUGUGCCGGGGGCCACCCCCCACUGCAAGGGCCAUUAUUCUGUAUGUGGAUGUACUUGGCACCGUGGACACCAAAGGAGUUUGGGGUGGGCUGGGGGCCUGUCCUGAAGUUCAGCAAUGCCUCUGCCUCCACCUGCCCCUAGGCACACCUCAGCCAAACUUGCCACCUGGGGGGACCAGCCCCUCAUCCUCCUGCCCCUGUGGCCAGUCGUGGCUGUCCCCAAACCUGCCCAGCCCCUUUCUUCCUCUACCAACCCCUCCCUGAGGCCACAGAGACUUCUCCUCUGGCGUCGCCACCCACACAGGGGUUCCAUCUGGUGCCUGUGACCCUGGCCCCUAUCCCUGCCCCCUGCAGCUGCUCACCACUGCUCCCCCUGACCCCCUAUCCCUCCAGGCCAGGACAGUGGACCUCAGCACCCAGCCACUUUGGGCUCCAAGCUGGCCGGGCUGGUGACCCGAGCCCCCAGAUAUUGGGGUUACCCCUAUCCACUGCACUGCUCCCCAGGGGUGGCCUGGAGGGCUCCCAGCUCCACUGGGGUGCAUGCUAUAUUCCCUUCACUCAUCAAGGAGCCAGGAUGGACUCAGUCACCCUCACCCAAGAACUGGCCGUGGACACCCUCUCCCACUCCCAUCCCUCUUCCCUCGGCAGAGCCCAAGAAAAGAACUUUCUCUGACCCGUUCUCAGGCCAGGCUUGCCCUGCAUGCUGUGUGGGUGGUGGGUGAAUCUGGAGCCCUGGACUCUGCAGGUCACACCCCAAGAUGAGUGGUGACAGAGGCUCAGAGGCUGUGUCAUUAAACCAAUUAAGUCUACUAGCA